AUGACCGCCUCCUCCUCCAUCCCCGUCCCCCCAAAAGGCGUCUGGGUCCCCUCCCCCACCUUCUUCACUACCUCCUCCCCCUCCCCCUUCUCCGCCACCAUCCCAGCCGUCGACUACGCCGCCCAAACAGCCCACACCCUCUUCCUCGCGCGCUCCGGCAUCACCGGCGUCGUCCUCCUGGGCAGCACAGGCGAAGCAAUGCACCUAUCUAGGUCUGAACGGUCUUCCCUGAUUCGCUCUGUUCGCCAAGGGCUCGACGAGGCCGGCUUUAAGCAGUUCCCCAUAAUGGCGGGUGUGCUAACGAAUGGAGGGGUGGAGGAGACGGUGCAGUGGUUGGAUGAUUUAAGCGAGGCCGGGGCGGAGUAUGGGUUGGUGCUGGUGCCGGGGUAUUUUGGGGCUGGUGGGACGGAUCAGGAGGGGGUGGUAAGGUGGUUUGGUGAGGUUUUGGAGGGGAUAAAAGGGAAGGAGGGGAAGGAGAUGGGGAUUGUGGUGUAUAAUUACCCCGGGGUUAGUAAUGGGGUGGUGUUGGAGCCGGAGGGGUAUAGGGAGUUGGCGAAGAAUCCUAGGGUGGUGGGGUGUAAGAUGUCCCACGGCAACAUCUCCCACCAUCUUCAAGUCUCUCUCGACCCCGAAAUCAACCACGAACGCUUCCGCGUCUUUUCCGGCUUUGGUCAACAACUCGGUCCCAUUGUCUUGUUCGGCGCAGCCGGUGUCAUUGAUGGCAUGUCUGCCUACUACCCGAAGACAGUUGUCAGACUAUUCGAGCUAGCGCAAAAGGACGAUCUUAGACCGUCAGAGAGGGCGGAGCUGAACAAGUUGCAAUACGUGGUUAGCAGGGCGGAGGAGUUUGUGGUCAAGUACGGCUUGAAGGGCAUCAAGGAGGCGACAUACAGGGUUGCAGGCUUUGGAAAUUUGGAGGCGGCGAGAGUGCCGGUUAUCGGGAGGAUGGAGGAGAAGGAGUGGGAGGAGGGGAGGGGGAGGUAUUUGACUGAGAUUGAGGAGAUUGAGAAGACGCUUUAG